GAUCAAAUGUUUGUCUCCUUCACCGCAUCCUUUCUCCCUAAGCAGAAAAGGAAUCCGACAAACCAUCACCAUCCACAUCUCCCCUCGAACCAAAGCCUACGUCGACUCUACCUUUAGCUCGAUCUGACUGACCAUCAACUACACAUUCAUUGACUACCUCGCCCAACGAGAAGAUGUCCGUCACGCGCUCCUCUCUAGCAGCUUCUGCCUCUGGAGCGGAGUCUGCAGGCUCUACCACAUUGGCGGGUGCCUCGGCUGCAGUUGCUACAAUGCUCAGCGAUCUCGAUGACUUCAGUGAUGCCGCUGUUUUGGGGCUCGUGAGGGAAUCUCUGGACAAGAAGGCGAUGGAACAGCGCGCAACGAACUUACGCAACAUGGUCACGGAGCUUCAUAAGAAGCCGGUGUCAUUGCCCUCAAGGAAGUGGAAGACCAACGAACGCACUGCCCGCGUCGUGCAACUGGCUGCCCUUUGCUCGAGAGCCGUCUACCGAAAGGAUCCAACCCAAGUUGUUCCCGAGCUCCCGGACUAUGCCAUCAAAGACAGGCAUUGGAUAGAGCCCACCGCAGAUGGCUCGGGCAAGGCCGCUGCCCUGUUCGAGAUCGUACCGACGAACCAGUCAUCUCGGCGGAAGAUUCUUGUCGUUGCUGUACGUGGGAGCGCGGGAACCGUUGACUGGCUUGUUAAUUUGAAUACCGAGCUAGCGGACUGCCUUGACUUAUUGAAACUCCCCAAGUCACACAAUAAACCAUUGCCAAAAGUACAUCGCGGAUUCGCUCAGUGCGCCAGGACUAUCGCCCCAGGUCUUCUGGCUCAGAUAAAGACAGUCCUGAACGAGGACCAAGAGCAGGAUCAAGAGAUCGAAAUUGUCUUCACGGGUCAUUCUGCGGGAGGGGCCGUAGCCUGUUUGCUAUUUGGCCACUUUCUUACAGCUCAAGUUCUGGACGUACCAUCAGCCAAGCCCAAACUCUCCUGCAUAAGUUUUGGAUGUCCUCCAUUAUUCGACGCCGACAUCGACUCACUCCUCAUCGAGCAUUUCCCUUCCAGUUCUUUCCGGGAGGGUAUCAUGCUAGCCUUUCUUAAUGACGGUGACCCAAUCCCUCGCAUGGACUCAGCGUACGCCACGGAGCUGGCCCGCAUCUGGCACCGCGUGGGAGGGAGUAUCUGUCCACCUGCGAGCGAGUUACCGGACUUCAAGCCGCCGAAGCUGCAUCUCAACACUCUCGGCCAAAUGGUGUUACUUUACGACAAGCAGCAGGACUUCACGGAGAAUGACAAGGAGGACCAGGACCAGGACGAAGAUACGGACGACGAAGAAGAGAAGCUCAUGACUUGUCGCCUCGAUCGUGGUGACCUCGAGAAACAGGCUUGGGCAAAUGUUUUGGCGCACCGCAUGAACCAAUACGUCGAGUGGACUACUCGCAUCGGAGACGGAUGUUUCAAUGGUCGACUUGACUGGCAAGAUGAUGAAGGGGGCUGUUGCAUUCUGAACUAGCCACGAAGGCCGCUGUCAGUAUGCUAAGAAACACUAGAAAUCAGAAAGAAAAGGCGGCGACCUCGACCUUCCCUGCCAUACCACCCUAGAUUCGAUGACCAGCCUGUACCACAAUGGCUGGUCUAAUUCAAAGGAUAAUAUUGU